AUGGAAUUGAUUGCUCUAGAGAAUGAUUAUUUUCUUGUCAAGUUUGGGUCGGAUGAGGAUCUCGCAUUUGCUAUGUUCGAGGGUCCCUGGAUGAUUCUCGACCAUUAUCUGAUCGUGAAAGAGUGGGUUCCAAACUUCGACCCUAUGUCUGAUGCUACUGAAAAGGUUCUGGUCUGGGUUCGGUUUUCGAAUCUUCCCGUUGAAUAUUACAACCUCCUCACAAUGCGUAAGAUCGGAAACAAGUUGGGCAGGACUGUUCGGAUUGAUCAUACUACGAGUCUAGUCUCGAGGGGCAAGUUCGCUCGUGUUUGCAUUGAAAUUGAUAUUACAAAGCCCCUUAUUUCCAGGUUCACUUUAGAGGAGAAGGUGUGGCAGGUGGCAUACGAGGGUAUGCAUCUAGUGUGUUUCUCAUGUGGUCUUUAUGGCCACCGAAAGGAAGCUUGUCCUCUGCUUCGACAGAAUGCUACAGAUGCUGAUCAGGAACCGCCGGGAAGGGAGGGUGCAACUUCCAGUGGUGAUUCUGGGAAAUCUCAUACGAACGGAGGGCGUGCUCGUGCCCAGUCGAUUUCGCCGUCUAAUGCUCCUUAUGGGCCGUGGAUGAUUGUUACUAGAAAGGAGCGUCAACCACCUGGCCGGCCAGGGAAUCAAGGCCGACAAGGCGACAAAUCGGCUCAGUAG